AAUGAAUUCUAUGCUCUUUCUUCCCAUGUGUCCUUCGAAGUUAAAAGCAUGCCAUAUAAAGUACAGCCAGCAAAGCUCCCCAAGGGAAGCAUAGCAAUCCGAACAUCUGUCAUUUGGUCCACUCCAAAUGUCUCCUUUGUAAUCCCUUUAUGGGUUAUAAUACUAGCAAUACUUCUUGGACUACUGGUACUAGCUAUGUUGACCCUUGCUUUAUGGAAGUGUGGCUUCUUUGACAGAGCUAGACCUCCUCAAAAUGACAUGGCUGACAGGGAACAACUGACAAAUAACAAGAAUACUGAUGCAUAGAGGAAGAGAAUGACAGUUGAAGACAGAAUCCUGCCUGAGACUAGAAUCACAAUGAGGAUUAAAUGAAGGAUUCCUUCCACUAGUCUUCGUCUGUACCUGCAAGUGACAUGGUGUCAUAUUCUGAUCUAUGCAAUGUUCUGAGAACGUGCCACAUGAUGGC